GGAGCUGUCGGUGAAUGUGGUGUGCUUGCAUCGCAAAUCUCCGUCCAGCCCCGAGAUCGCGCGCGCUGCUCGCGGCACCGAUGCGAGAAUCUCGCGGCGCGCAGGAAAUCCAAGCCAUAGGGUAAACCAAGGGGCUUGCAUUCCCCGAUCUGGAGCGCCUCCCGGGACCUCGGCUCCAAGGGGCGAUGGGCGCUCGCGGCGUGGAUUUCAAGUGGUUCGAUGGAUUUUUCUUGUCAAUGCUCGCCACCAGCGUGAUCGUAGUGUCUAUCAACUGGGAUAGGUAUCACGCGUGCAUGUAUCCUCUUCACAUCUGGAUCGUGGUGGACUAUGCUACUGUUUUUGUGUUCCGGAUUCUCAUGUUUGUGGACAACGGCAUAGCGUCAAAGAUGGGCCCUGAUGCAAGCCCUCAGCAGCGGCUGUUGCUCUUCCAGGCCAGAGUUUUGGUGUUGUCCUGCCUUGCGUUUUUCAUGUAUCCGUUUCUCUGGGCGUGGACUGUCAUCGGGAGCUUGUGGUUUACAAAUGCAAGGCAAUGCCUUCCAGAAGAAGGGCAGAAAUGGGGAUUCCUUAUCUGGUUACUUUUCAGCUAUUGCGGCCUGAUUUCAAUCGCAUGCAUGUCCGCCAGCAAGUGGUUGAUGCGACGGCAGUCUCAUUUGCAACUUGUUCCUCAAGGAUCUGCCAUCUCGGAAUUGGAGGUGCUGGCGGAGCUGAUCAGGGUUCCAGAUUGGACUCUACGUUCCUCCAUUCCCGUGCAAGAGCAACGAACUGCUCAUGACACCAUUGCCUUUCCCGGUCUAACGCUCACUCCCGCGCAGAGAGAAGCAGUGGAGAGCUUGAUCCAGCAGCUCCCAAAGUUCCAGCUCAAGCGUGUCCCUACCGAGUGCUCGUCGUGUUCCAUAUGCUUAGAGGACUUCACUGUUGGAACUGAGGUGCGAGGACUUCCUUGUGCGCACAACUUUCAUGUGGAUUGCAUCGAUGAGUGGCUACGCCUCAACGUAAAAUGCCCGCAGUGCCGGUGCUCGGUUUUCCCAGAGGCUGAUCUUAUGGUGGUUCUCAACCAGCAAGCCGAGCAAGAAGUUCGCCGUGUCAUGGUCAGGCUUCACGACAUGUUGAGCACCGCUCCUCCCGGUGCCAGUGACGACCCGGCUCAAAGCCAAAGCAGCGGAGACUCUCAAGGCUCUUCUCUUCAAGGGAGAAGCCAUAGCUCGGAGCUCACUAUCGUGGUAGACAGGCCGGUAAAUCCUCCAAGAGGUUAGCAGCUCCAUUUUCUUCUAGUAGAGCAGCGAGAUAAUCUAUUAAGUUUUUGGAAGAUGCAGCAAGAACAAAACUUGGGCUUCGCAUCUCAGGUAUAAGAAGUAAUGUACAGAGUUUCAUUAAAAAUAUGUUUAUGGAAACAUGCUUACGAACUA